CUGGACUGGUUUACCAUUAUCAUUAUUAAUCAGUGAUGGGAAACAUGGAGUACCUGCUGGAGCUGACGGGGCUUCUGGCUGUGCUGACGACAGCUGCUUCUGCUGGACUGAGAGCAGAGGAAGUCACAGGAGCUGUGGCGUAUUUAAAGAAGUAUGGCUACCUGCACCCCCCGCUGGACAGGGAAGGCCCAACCCCUGCGCCUCAGGAGUUAAAGGCCGCCCUCAGAGAGUUUCAGAAAGCAACGGAGCUGCAGGUCUCAGGGCGAGUGGACGCAGCGACGGUGAGGAUGAUGAGUAGAGCUCGCUGUGGAGAGGAAGACUCCUUCAGCGACAGGUUCCACCGAUACAGAGUCCUGGGUCACUGGCGUAAGAAGAUGCUGACGUACCGGAUCUAUAACUUCACCCCGGACCUCGGACAGGGGAAGACUCGCCUGGCCAUCCAGACGGCGUUCAGGUACUGGAGCGCGGUUUCCCCGCUGAGGUUCAGAGAGCUGCAGAGAGGACGCGCCGACAUCAAGAUCUCCUUCCACCGGAAAGACAAGAGCUGCCCGGUGCCCUUCGAUGGGAGAGGUCACGUCCUGGCCCACGCCGACGCCCCCGAGUCGGGGCUGGUUCACUUCGACAGCGACGAGGUUUGGACGGAGGGCAAGAGCUCGGGGUCCAACCUGAGGAUCGUGGCCGCCCAUGAGAUCGGCCACGCUCUGGGUCUGGGUCACUCCCAGCACUACAGCGCUCUGAUGGGCCCGGUCUACAACGGGUACCGGUCCGACUUCAAACUGCACCCCGACGACAUCCAGGGCAUCCAGGCUCUGUACGGAAAGCCGGAGAAGCCACCUCCCCCCAAAAGGAGUCCUGCAGUAACGGGAGCCGCUCCGGACCCCUGUGGGGCCCCUGUGGAUGCAGUGAUGUUGGGUCCCCAGCAGAAGACCUUUGUGUUCAGCGGGGGGUUUGUGUGGACGGUCUCCGGCUCCGGCCACAGCCCCCCUGUCCCGACCUCCUCCCUGUGGAGGGAGCUGCCGGGGGGGCUGAACGCCGCCGUGACCUCGCAGAGGACCGGGAAGACCUACUUCCUGAAAGAGGACAGAGUCUGGAGAUACUCGGGCUUCAAACUGGACCACGGUUUCCCCAGAAAGCUGUCCAACAUCCCGGCUAACAUCGACGCUGCGUUCUACCUCAGCAAGAGCAAGAAGCUCGUCUUCAUCAAAGGCUCUGGAUACUGGCAGUGGGAUGAAGUCAGCACCACAGACUUCUCCUCGUACCCCCGGCCGUUAUCACAGCUGUUCCCCGGGGCCCCUGGCGGCCCUGACGCCACCCUCUCCUCCUCAUACGGGAACAUCUACCUGUUCAAAGGCUCGCAGCUCUGGAGUGUGAAGCUGCAGAAACACGUAGAGAAACCUCAGAGCAUCGCGGCGGACUGGCUGCAGUGUGACGACUGAAGCUCACUAUAUCACACAGAGAGAUAUCUGGGUCCCUGAGGGAGGAAGUAGAGCAUUGAAUUGGGAGGAGGGGGGGUGUUGCUGUGAUGGGUCCUUUUGUAAAUAGGAUUUUAAGAGGCCCUUGUUUGUUUUUAAAUGUCUCUUGUGAGACGCUUUCUAUCCAAAGCGACUUACAUACACUGAGGGCAAUCCCCACUCAAGGGUCUUUCCAAGGGACACAACGACAUGCUGACUGCAGCGGGGACUGAACCAGCACACCAGCCCACUGAGCCACAGCCUCCAGCCUUUAUUGAAUAAAAGUACUCCAAAAACUGGACAAUCAAGCUCCAGCUUUCUGUCAAAUCAUUUUUAUUUUCCCCCAUAUCUCUGCUCCUUCAAAAACAAAAAAAUCCUACCAACUCUUGCAUCCUUCAAGCUGUCAAACUCACCUGUUCAAUGUUGCUUUCAAUCUCUAAUCAUCACCCCCCCCCCCUAACAUUUGACUCCCACUUAAGAGUAGGACUUGUGUUUGGUUGCUCUGUUCUGACUGUAUGUAAAGCGUGUCUGAGAACUGGGGAAGCGCUUUAUAAACCGUAUGUGUUGUUAGGACUAUAAAGGGUGCAUGAAGAGCCUGCAAGGAUGGGAGGAACUGUUCUCCCAGCAGGAGAUAAUUAAAGUUGAUUCAGUGGA